CUAUAUCUUGACGCUUCACAUCCGCAUGUAGUGAGAGAUAGCCCGAUUAAGUCGUCACAGAUGUCAGGUGCGCAGUGAAAAUCUGCGGGGCACAUUGCUAGCUCUGACUGAUCCUGAUCCAACAAGUUGAUCAGCAGUCAAAUGAUGGGAAACUGCUAAGCCUCACUACGUAAUUACGAGGAAGACGACAUAUCGACCUUGCGAACACAGGGAUGUCCAAAAUUCUGUGCCAUCCACACUACUUGACAAGAGUGUUCGAAACUUUGAAUGCGAUGCCUCUAUGUGAUGUCUGCUGUAGGACUUCCUUUUUCGACCUUCCGGUCUUUCCUACAUGGCUAUGGCAACAUCUUCCAGUUGAAUCGUACCACCUUACCGUGUACAAGAACUUACCGAAGGCCAAUCUCGAGCAUCUAGAACUGGGAUUAGAACACCACAAGUCGCUUGGGCUUCUGAGUCAGGCCGCUGAGACUUGCGAUAUCUGCCGUUUGAUCGAUUCAGAAGUGACACGUACGCUCGAUACCUUACACCAGUUGAGCACGGGGGAACAAAAGAAGUAUCUCGAUCCAAUUGGGGAGCCAGAAGGACAGUUGUGGAUAUGUCGACGGAAGGAAGGCGCUGCCGGGUUCAUCGUCCUGUGCAAGGCGUCUAAGAGAGACGAGGUCUGGCAGGUAGCUGCGGGAGGGUACUGUGUUGAUUAUGAUAGCCCACUCAAAUUCCAGUUUCGAGGUCGUGUCGUCCACAAUGAUCCCACCACGACUCGUACACUGCUCCACAUCCAGGACUGGCUAUCUACCUUCGAUAACCAAGUCGCGACCACAAGCCAGCUACCAGUGCGUGUAAUAGACUGUAGUGAUUCUUCAUCUGACGUCAUGACCGUAAGACUUCACGAAACCUCCGGUGAGAGGGCUCGAUAUGCUAUUCUAAGUCAUCGUUGGGACUCAGAAUCAGAGAUCUGGGACUCAGCGGUGUCACAGGACAAGUUACGAGCUGGUAUCAGUCUUACUGAACUAGCUCAGUCUUACCAAGAUGCAGUAACUGUUGUGCGCGGUCUUGGAAUCCGCUAUCUCUGGAUUGAUAGCCUUUGCGUUUCGAAAGAUGACACUGGCUUCAAUCGUGACUCUCUUACCAUGUCGGAUCUCUACAGUCGUGCAUACUUGACCAUAGCCGCUACGUCUAGUGAGCGUGAUUCUGAAGGGUUCUUAGGACCCAGAUCUGUCAGGCACUACGCGACUAUCAAGUAUCACGAUGAUGCGGACUCUGACGUAUUCGUAUUUCCUGUAUCGCACGAACUGGCCGCCUCAGGUCAACAUUACCUGAAUAUGCGAGGAGAGCCACUUUCGGAUCGGGCAUGGACUCUCCAAGAGCGAUAUCUGUCCCCGCGAACCAUCCACUUUGGCUCCUCACAAAUCUACUUCGAAGACAAGAAAACGUUCGCGACCGAAGAUGGCUACGUGCAUCCGAUCCCUCUCAACUAUAUUGGUGACAUAGAUGACACAGAGGAAGUGCCAGUGGAGACCGCAAGAUUGUUCAAGAGUUGGCGAGGUCCCUGGAGCUGGUGUUCCAUCAUCUCUACAUAUGGCAAGCUCAAGCUAUCGGAUCCCCUGGACAAACUACCAGCAUUGGCCGGUAUAGCACGCUCUCACGAGCCAUACCGCAAUCUUGGGCACAGCAAUGGGCAGAACUAUCUCGCAGGGCUAUGGCGCGAUAAUUUCAUCGAAGAUUUGUGCUGGCAGUCUGUAGGGGGCAAAUGUAAACGCUCACCGGUCUAUCGUGCGCCUUCGUGGAGCUGGGCUGCCCUAGACGGCUAUGUGUCAAUCACAGCACUCGGAAAAUACAUUGACUUGGCUGUUGUGGAAGAAGUACAAGUUGAGAACGUCAACAACGAUCCAUAUGGUGCUGUUACUGACGCUCGCAUCAAACUUUGGGCUCCACUACUACGCUUAGAACGACCAGAACGAAAAUCGGAAUGGGAGAAGGAGUUACCGUCCUAUGUCAAUAUUGUGUCCAUCUCGGGCUAUGAAGAGUCACGGUGGUCCUUCAUUGCUGAUGUACAUGAUGAAGCCGUGCCGGAGAAACUUGCUGGGGUUGAUCUUGGUCUACUUCUCCUUGCCUACAAGAAAGCCGAAGGAAGUGAGGACUGUCGCUCUAAUAGAUGUGGUGCUGGCUCAACUGCGAUGGGACUUGUCGUUCGGCACAGUGCAGGUGAAAAAGAGUACCAGAGGCUUGGCUGGACGGUCUUUAGAAACGACCAAUUGAUUGAAGAUUUGACUGUUCGGAAAACAACCGGUUCGUUGUCAGUGGUCGUACUGGUCUAAAUGAACACCGGCGUGUUUUGUUAUCAAAUUCAAAGACUCCUAUCGAUAUGUAAUAUGCUUAAGUGUUAUAGUUCACGUUUUCACUUAUCCUCUAUUGUCUAUGACCCUAAUCCACAUCACCCAAACUCAAAGCAUCCAACAUAUCACGAAGCUUGAGUCUCUGCAUCAAUCCGCCUUGUCUCGAACAAAGCAGCAAUCCGGAUUACAUGCCCUAUGUUCCAAUAUCU